GUAGCUGUGUUGUGGUGACAUCAAAUUUAGGAUUUGGAAAGACCGCCACCAUCCGACAUAUCGCAAUACAAUUUAAACUGAAAGGAUUUGAAAUUGUUUCCGUAGAGUCGCCAGAGGAUAUAAUCAAAUACAAAACAAAUGAAAAACAAGUGUUUCUUAUUGAUGAUGUCCUUGGUAAAUACGAUUUGAAUCAGACCCUGUUGGAUAACUGGGAAAGAAUAAACGAAAAGCUAAUAAGCAGCAUUGACACAGGACAAGGUUCAACAAAAAUAUUGUGCACACUAAGAUUAAAAAUAUCGCUUCAUCAAAGAUUUAAAAAUGCAACCACAAUUUUAAACAAAGUAGUCAUAGAUUUAGAACAAGAGACUAUCGCUCUUUCAAAAGAGGAAAAGCAGAAAAUAUUAAUGAAACAUCUUAGUACAAGUACUUUAGAAACUGAAAUUGAAGCAGAGGAGGUUGAUUUAAUGUGUGAAACGAGUUAUGCAUUUCCUCUUCUCUGCAAGUUAGUUUCAAACAAUGAGGAAAGAUUCAGAAAAAGAACCACAUUCUUUAGGCAACCAUUAUCACUUAUAAAUGAGGAACUUGAUAAAAUGAGUAAUGAAAAUAAGAAUUUAUAUUGCAUUUUGCUGCUAUGUAUGAUGUUUAAUGGUUUAUUUAGUAGAGACAUGUUUGACAUUGACUCAAAUGAAUGUGAUAAGAAAAUAUACAAAAUGACGCAAACUUGCGGACUUCAAAGAAACAUUUCUAAGAAUGAACUUGAGAAUGGCGCCCUUUCUGCUUUAAAAUCUUAUUUCAUAAAGGACAGUUACAAUUCCCGGUUAAUUCACAAUGUUAUUGAACAAACUGUCGGUUGGCAUUUCUGUACUAUGAAUCCAAAAGGAAUAUUCGAAAAUGCAUUAGCAAACGCAGAACUGAAACUGAAACAUCGGCAAGACGUAUACCAGGAUUGUGAAAAGGAAAAAGAUCAGAUAGAACAUGAUUGCUCAGUUGACUCGAUAGGAAAUCUUCCAAAAAACAUCGCAGAUUCGAAUGCAACUUUGGUUGAAACAUGGAUAAAAGAUGAUGAAAGUUUUUAUGAGACACCGGGAUCAGAACUUGUUUAUGAUAAAAUGAAGGAUUGUAGCUGUAUUAUGGUGACGUCAAAUUCAGGUUUAGGAAAGACUGCUAUUAUCCGACAUAUCGCAUUAAAAUUUAAACAUGAAGGAUUUGAAAUUGUUCCCGUAGAGUCGCCAGAGGAUAUAAUCAAAUACAAAACAAAUGAAAAACAUAUUUUUCUUAUUGAUGAUGUUCUUGGUAAAUACAACUUAAGUCCGACCCUGUUGGACAUAUGGGAAAAAAUCAACGAAAAACUUAUUACCUACUUUGAAAACACGGGAAUAGGUUCAAAAAAAUUAUUGUGCACACUGAGAUUACAAAUAGCACUCCAUACAAGAUUUAAAAAAGCAUCGACAAUUUUAAACAAAGAGGUCAUAAAUUUAGAGUGCGAGCCUUAUGUUCUUUCAAAAGAAGAAAAGCAAAACAUACUAUUGAAACACCUUCGGAGAAGUAAUCUAGAAGGAACAUUUGAAAAAGAUGAGGUCGACAUAAUGUGUGAAACGAAUAAUGCAUUUCCUCUUCUGUGCAAAUUAGUUUCAAAUAAUGAAGAACGAUUCAAAAAAAGAAUUACAUUCUUUAGGCAACCAUUACCACUUUUAAAGGAGGAACUUAAUAAAAUGAGUAAUGAAAAUAAACAGUUAUAUUGCAUUUUGGUGCUAUGUAUGUUGUUUAACGGUUCAUUUAGUAGAAAUAUGUUUGACUUUGACUCAGAUGAAUGUGAUAAGAAAAUAAACAAAAUAAUGCAAACUUGUGGACUUCCAAGAAAUAUGUCUAAGAGAGAACUUGGUGAUAGCGCCCUUUCUGCUUUAAGUUCGUAUUUCACAAUGGACAGUUACAGUUUCCGAUUUAUUCACGAUGCUCUUGAAGAGACUGUCAGUUGUCAUUUCUGUACUUUGAAUCCCAAAGAAAUGUUUACAGACUGUAAUAUCUUGUUUAUAAGAGAUCGAGUAAGAGUUUAUUCUAAUGAAAACAUAGAUGAAAAUGUUGGUGAAAAUAUUGUGAUUAUUCAAGAAGAUGAAUUGAACGAGGAUCAUCUUAGACCGUUAUAUAAUAGGUUGGGGACUGAAAUAAACAGUGGCAGAUUUUCAAGUUUGUUGAUGAGUCAGCUUUUAAAGAAUAGAAACUUUGUCCAUACGUUUGUAACCCAUUUAGAAAAAAACAAGAGCAUACUUGGAUCAAAACAACCCUUUUCUAAGAUUAGUUCGGAGCGGAGAAAUAGCUUCCAUCCGUCUAUUUUUCAGAUGUUUUUUAAGACUGUAUCAAAUGAUAAAUUUCGUGAUAACAAAGAUGCCAUUAGUCGAGUUUUAGAGGCUAAAGUCAACAGAAGUACACUUAUGGACUGGAUAGUUGCCUUCGGCUGUUAUGAAUUCUUUCAAUUUGCUUGGAGCUCGAUUACAACCUCAGAGCAGAAAUGUAUUCUCGGUAGAGGUUAUAUGUCUAAGUCCUUCUUUCCUUUAGCUGUUCUGGGUGGUAGCUUAGAUAUUGUAAAAGAAUUAAUUCGUACUGGAGCAGACGUAAACUGUUUCUCCGAGUUUUGGGAAACACCUUUAUAUAUAGCAAUUAAGUCGGGUCACUGUGAUAUUGCAGGCUUGCUUUUACGCAAAGGAGCACAUGUAAAUCUUCGAGGAUGGUUUGACAUGAAGAUCCCAAUUUUAGUCACUACAAACAAUCAUCCAUUAACCAGUUUGAUUCUUCAAUAUGAUUUAAACCAGACCAAACUUCAUAAAGCAGUCCGACAUAACGAUCUACAUAUUUUGAGAUCAAAUAUUUCAUCCGAGAUUAUUGAUUAUAAAACAAAGAGCGGAUGGACAGUCCUACAUUACGCCGUAUUAUUAAAUAAUUUUGAAGCUGUUAAGGUUUUAUUCCAAGACGAAUUGCCUCAGAAAGAUGAGUCCCAUUUUGACUGUUUGCAAGUUGAUCAAAGAGAAUAUGUAUGUAGAAAGCCGACACCUAAAGUAAGCAUAGCUGACAAUAACGGGCUUACUGCUGUACAUCUUGCAGUAAUAAACAAUGGUAUCGAUAUACUAUCUCUUCUACUUCGUAAUAAAGCUAGCGUAAAGGCUCGUGAUAAUCUCGGUAGAACCCCAUUACAUUACACAACUAGUGAAAGUGCAAAAAGAUUAUUGCUCACUUAUAACACUCAAAACUAGUGUUGCAAACUAACUAUCAUUAUAACCGAAACACAGAUAAGAGGAGAGAGUACGCAAAAAUACUUACAUCUGCUUUCAUGACCAUAUGUUUUCAUAUUACUCUACAAACUGGGUUCAGAAAUGUUUGUCUUGACUGUGUAAACACAUACCAGACAGUGAGAGUAAUACACCAUUACAUUCUGUUAUGAACAGGUGUCUUAUACAAAACGAAACUAGUGAUUGCAUAGAAACAUUGUAAGAGAAUGGAGUUAAAUCGAUAUUUAUUUAAUGACAUGUACAUUUUAGCAUUUGAGUUAAUUUUGUCUUCCCGUGGAAAGACAUUUUGAUUUUG